GCAAUACGAUAGAGCGAGCAGGGAUCCACACUACGACGCACUACGCCGGGGGCCAACGCCAUGCCGGCCCAGAAAGACAGACAGCCGCCGCUCACGCCGCCCAGUCCGAGUGCUGCACCGAUAUCACUCCACCACCCAUCUCCACCUGGCCACACACCUGCCCUACACUUCUCGGCCGCACACACACCUCCCGACCGCCAGCUCCACGAUGGCCUCCAAAAAAGACAUGCGCCGCGCCGACCUGAUUGUGCCCUAUGCCGAGCCAGAGAAGGGCAAGGAUGACAACGACAUGUCAAGCACGCUCUCGAGCACACUGCCCAUGGCUGCUAUCUUCACGCGGAACAAGAUGAUCGGCUGGGUUGCUGUAGUAUUCGCUAUCCAGUCAUGGCUUGCUGAGACCCCCGAGCAGAAGAAGACGUCGACUACACCCGCCUACUUCCAAGUUGGCAUGUCUGCCAUGUCGCUCCUCGUUACCUACUCGUCCAUCUUCCUCCCCCCACCGCCUGUUAGGCCUGGCCAAGCAUCUGGGACAGAAGCGUUUGCUGCUGUGCCGCCGUCGUAGGCCGCCGUAGGAGAGGUUGUUGUGUAGCUGGUACUCAGGUAGCAACGGUACCGUGUAAUUGUAUAAUUCGACGUCCUCACCGAGCAAGCGACAAUACGUGUCAGCUAGCUCGUAAUACCCAUAUCACUUGCACGCCCCAUAUGUCCCAUGCCACCCUCGUC